CACAGUACUGUUAUAGUCAUUAUGACUGCAAUAUUAUUCAGAACAGUGGAAACGGUCAACCUGUGUAGACGUAUAUUUUUCGGUAGUUUUUCAAUUUUGUUCGUACAUUUUGGGUGUGUUGUGUAAUUCGGGUUCAUUCGAUUUGGUGUGAUAUUCUUAUUGCGGUCGUUAUUUCGGUGAUCAUACCGCAGUUGAAGAGAAUCUACCGCACGAAAAUGAACUAGCACAUUCUACAUUGAUCUACUUCAGUUGGAAAUUGUAAAAAAUUUUAGUCAAUAAAUUGUUUUUAUUCUAUAAACCAGUUGUACUGUAAUUGUAGAAAAGGCAAGAAGAAAAAACGAGAAAAAAAGAUUCCAUUGAACCAGCAUAGUGAAAUAAUUAGUUGAAGAAAAAAUAAAUUCAAAAAUGAUUUGUAAAGUGAAACAUGUAACAUUUGUAAUAUUGAAUCUGUGUGUUAUCUAUGCAAAUUCGCAUACAGCACAAAAGACCAAUAAUAAAGUUGACGAUUCAAAUCCAUUCCUCGAUAUUGCCACAUCAUUUUUGCAAGAAACCUUCGCCAAUCAACAAGGUGGUCGAGGCGGUGGCAACGGCAUCGGUGGCACUGGAAUCGCUGGCAUCGCACAAUUGAUUGGCAGUUUAGUUCAACAAGAUGGUUCCAAAUCGAAUGGCGGUGGUAUUGGUGCGGCUCAAAUUUUAACCGGACUCAGUCAAUUGAUGAAUGCCAAUGGUGGUGACAAUGGCGGCGGUGGAUCAGGAUUUGAUCCAUCGAUCAUUGGAAAUGUUAUUGAAAUGUUUACGGCAGCUGGUGACAAUUCGGACGAUGAUGACGAUCAACCGCAAGCAAAACGCCGAAAACGAUCAAAUAGUGGUCAAGAUGGUGGAAUCGGCAUUGAUACUAUUUUGAAUAUUGCGUCUGCAUUCAUGGGUAACACAAACAAUGUUGACAGUCAUGCUGAUAAAUCAAAUGAAGGCUUAAUGAGCCUAUUGCCAAUGGCCAUUCAAGCGAUUAACUCAUUUAAUGGGCCGGCGGGUGAAAAAGUUCAUGCAAAACACAAGGAUCAUCAAUGGGUUUUGCCACCAUUUUUGGAGCGAAUCCACGUUUUGUGGGACCAUUUCUCAAAUUCGGAACUUGCUGAAGCACUCUGGGAGAAAUCGGGUGUCAAUCAAAUAUUCAAAGGUUUCACGGGUCGUGAUGGCAAAUUAGACUAUGAUAAACUCUUCAAUUCACUACACAAUCAAGCAUUCCGACGAAGAUGGCUGAAAGCCACCACACUCUAUCUGUCCGAUUGGGUUAACUAUAUUGCUGAGCCAGAAGUGUACAAACGAUACUUUACCACCGCUCAACUGAUGAUUAAUGGAUUUUUAACAGCACAAGGAAUUCCACCGCAUGCACUGUUUGAUCCACAUCGUCCAAGCGAAAGUUUGGCCAAUUUAUUUGAUUUUAUUGCACGUGAACAUUUGCAUACGAAAAUAUCGACAAUCGUUUAUGUGAAACCAGCUGUGACAUACGUGAGGGAUUUGGUGAAAUUGGGAAAAGCCCGCGGUUUGCUACAGAAAUUCAAUGCAACGGAACUCAGUGACAAACUAACGGACACCGUUAAUCUUGAGGUUAUCGAACCAGUUUUGAAAGUUCAUCGUGCCUAUCGAUUUGCAUCUCGUUCACCACAAUGUGAUAAAUAUGUAUUGUGUGAAGUUAACUCACAUGAUCCCAAUGAAACACUCGGUUUGGCUGGUUUCAAAGCGGGCAUCACAAAAUUCAGUAGUAUGGCAGCCGCUUGGUUCAUUGGAAGCGAAACCGGCACGCCUUUCUGGACCCUAUUCAGCGUUAUUUCGGAUCCAUAUGAUUGCAAGCGACGCUAUCCAGUUGACUGUUCUGGUUUCCAUGAAGGCGAAGCGAAAGUAACAACAGAAUAUAUCCAUAAUGAACUAUAAGAUGAACACAAAUUUAACCCAAUAAAUCAAUAAAAAGAAUCCAUUUUAAUUAAAAA